AAUACAUCGACCACGUAUAUAAACAGCGUAAUUGAUUCUCCUGGCGAAAGAAACGGAGGAAAGAAGGCUAAGAAACAGCAGACGUGAAGAAGAGAUGUUACAAAGAGCCAGAAGAAGGUGCGAGGGCACGGCCAUGGGAGCCAUCACUCUUGAUCUCCGUCCUGGCCUUGGAAUCGGACCUUUCACCCUUGGGAUGCCAAUAUGUGAAGCAUUUGCUCAAAUAGAACAGCAGCCCAAUAUAUACGAUGUGGUCCAUGUAAAGUACCUCGACGAGGAACCAUUAAAGUUGGAUAUUGUUAUUAGUUUUCCAGAUCAUGGUUUCCAUAUUCGCUUUGAUCCUUGGUCCCAGAGGCUUCGCCUUAUUGAAGUUUUUGAUGUCAAAAGACUUCAAAUGCGUUAUGCUACUUCUCUCAUUGGGGGACCGUCCACUUUAGCAACUUUUGUAGCUGUUUAUGCACUUUUUGGUCCAACAUUCCCUGGAAUUUACGACAAAGACAGAGGGGUUUACACUCUUUUCUACCCGGGUUUAUCCUUUGCUUUCCCAAUUCCCACUCAGUAUACAGAUUGCUGCCAUGAUGGGGAAGCGGAGUUACCACUUGAAUUUCCAGAUGGGACCACCCCAGUUACAUGUCGUGUCUCGAUAUAUGAUAGUUCUACUGACAGCAAAGUUGGUGUAGGAUCUGUUAUGGGUAAGGCUUUAGCUCCUCCAUUGCCUGCUGGCAGUCUCUACAUGGAAGAGGUGCAUGCUAAGCUUGGGGAAGAGUUAUGGUUUACUGUGGGUGGUCAGCAUAUUCCUUUUGGUUCGUCGCCACAGGAUGUCUGGACUGAACUAGGUCGUCCUUGUGGAAUCCAUCAAAAGCAGGUUGACCAAAUGGUGAUUCACUCUGCGUCAGACCCUCGUCCCCGAACAACUCUCUGUGGGGAUUAUUUUUACAAUUAUUUCACUCGUGGUCUCGACAUAUUAUUUGAUGGGCAGACUCAUAAAAUCAAGAAGUUUGUUUUGCAUACUAAUUUUCCCGGACAUGCGGACUUCAAUUCAUACAUAAAAUGCAACUUCGUAAUCUACAGUUCUGAUGUUGAAGGACAUUUGGAGGAAGGAAAUGCUCCUAAGAACUGCAUUACCCCAAGCACAAAAUGGGAACAAGUAAAGGAGAUCCUUGGGGAAUGUGGGCGAGCUGCCAUACAAACACAAGGUUCUGCAAGCAAUCCUUUUGGAUCUACUUUCGUAUAUGGGUAUCAAAAUGUUGCUUUUGAGGUUAUGAAAAAUGGGUAUAUUGCCACUGUAACCCUCUUUCAGUCAUGAAGAAAUUUAAUUAGGGAAUGCUUGCAUUUUGUACAGUCAUUGGUGAUGAAGUAUUGUUGUACUAAUCGUCAUCAGUGCAACAAGCAUUGAUGUAAAUUGUACAGAUAUGUAACAAUAAAGUGUACAGUAAUGAUACUGUAAUCUUAUGGAUUUGAUUAAAUAUCAUUCCUAAUUAGAUUUGCAAUGGAAUAUUUUUUCUCCUGUGGGUCACUAA